AUGGUCUCAGCAUUCAUGUCUGGGUUCUACCCAACACAAUUAACCGUCGACACCGCGCGUGCCCAAGCCAAGAACUUCUUCGAGGAGGACGACCAGAACAUCCUGGACGACAACAUCCUCGACCAGAGUGGGAUCGACUCCGGCCUUGAGAUGUCCCCCGCGAUGGCAGACAGCAGGAGGGAUUCAUUCGGCGUAUCCCCUUCCAUCUUCUCGCCCAAGACCGAGGACUGGCAGUCAGUCGAGAUGCAGUCGCUGCCGUCGAACAAUCCUUUCUUCGAACCCCAGCCUGCGCCUGCUCCGCAGAGCAAUAACCCAUUCCUGCGGAUGGAUCAGAACCAGCAGCCAGCCUACCAGAACCACGUCUGGAGCAUGACCACCUCGGCUACUGCCACUCCUCAGCUGCCUGCCUUCGACGGUCUCCCCGUCGAAUUCAGCUCGAACGGCAUGGACAUGUUCCGGCCGAUGCCAGUUGCGCCGAGUCCUUUCACCAACCCGACUCCUGUCCCCAUGUUCCAGCAGCUGGGACAGCCCGCUCCUCAGCCAAUUCCCGCUACCCAGAUGGCACAGGAUCUCAAGGCUCAGGCUAUGGCGAAGCGUUCUCGUCCGCCCAGCCCCCUGAUCCGCUCUCAUAACGAGCUCCGGAGGGGUGACGGCAUCCGCAAGAAGAACGCGCGCUUCGAGAUCCCCCCAGAUCGCAACCUGAGCAACAUCGACAUGUUGAUUGCUCAGUCCACUGAUGAGCAGGAAAUCAAGGAGUUGAAGCAACAGAAGCGCUUGCUUCGCAAUAGACAGGCUGCACUCGAUUCCCGGCAGCGCAAGAAGCUGCAUACUGAGCGUCUCGAGGAGGAGAAGAAACGCUACACCGAGAUUGUCGCCAACAUGGAGGAGACGAUUCGCAAACUGGAGGGUGAGAUUCAGAAACUGUCGAUGGAGAAGCAGCAGGCCGAGUCGUACAUACAUGAGUUGGAGAAGAAGCAGGAGGACAUGAUCAGCAGGCACACCCUUGAGACAGGCGAACUGCGGAAGAAGAUCAGCGUCCUGACCAGCACCGUGCAGCGCCUCGAAGGUGCCGCCCAGCACGCGUCCGGUUACACCGGUGCUUUUGACCAGAUGGACGGCAUCAACGUGGAUGGCCCAUGGGAGAACACGCCUAUGUUUGGCGACUUCUCCAUGGAGCAGCAGCCUGCCGAUGCUAACCAGGAGAUGCAGAUUGUGCCCGUCAAGAAGCCCGAGGUUCCCCUGCCAACCGUCUCCGAGAAAUCUGCUCCUCAAGGUGGGCUGCUUUUCAUGCUCUUCCUUGUGGGCGCUUUUGUCCUCUCGAGGCGGUCGACGCCCAGCAUCCCGCGUGUCUCCGAGGACGUCCGCGCUGCGUCCGCGACCCUCCUGGAGAACGUCCUCAAGGAUGCUGGCGUUUCGCAGGUCGGCUCCUCGGGCAUCGAGGCCAUGGCACCGCAGCCGUCGGGCUCCAGCACUGCCAAUGGCGGCUGGACCCAGUCCUCGGGAUCAAACAUGCCCAUCGCCUCGCCGAUGGUGGACAACCGCGUUCCUCCAUCGACGCUUGGCGAGCUGGCAGACUCCCUUACGAGACCGAGCGAGCAACAGACCAACGAGCAGAUCUUCUCCUUGUCGGCUGAGCAGUACAAUGACCUGACCUCCCAAGAUUUCCUGCCUAACGCUCAAGCGGCCGAAAGGUCCACGAGCCAGCGCAGACGCAAUCUUGCUGAGGCUCUGGCCAGCAUGCGUGCCCCGCCCAACAAGGAAUCUGCUGCCGAGGUCUACACUCGUUCGCUGCUCUGGGAUCAGAUCCCGCGUGACGUCGUUCGGGCCUUUGCCAAGAUGGUAGCGGAGAGUAACAAUGCCGCUACCAACGAAGGCGAGGAACACCAGUCAUGA